AUGUACUUUUUACCGUUAAAGGUACUUUUGCGUAAGAGUGAAUGUUUGCAGACACUUUGUAGGUCUUCUUCUAGAUUAGAAUACUCAAGGAAAUUUGCAGAUAGUACUUUUGCAAGUCCUCAAAAAUCAAUUUCAAUCAAAUACCGCUAUCGAGUUGUCAUCCAACUAUUCUCCGUCGACAUUGGUGGUCCCUAUUGGAAAGUUCCAACAGGUAGAAGAGAUGGAGUCAUAUCAAACUUAGUGGAAUCCAGUCAAAACAUUCCUGCUCCAUUUAACAACUUCACCACCCUCCAAACUCUCUUUGCCAAUCAAGGACUUAAUUUAAAAGACUUAGUCCUCCUCUCAGGUGCUCACACAAUUGGUAUCUCUCUUUGUACAUCAUUUUUGAACCGUCUGUACAAUUUUACUGGAAAGGGUGAUGAAGAUCCAUCACUUGACAGUGAGUAUGCAACAAAUCUGAAGACAUUUAAAUGCAAGAACAUCAAUGACAAUACUACAAUAGUCGAAAUGGACCCCGGAAGUCGAAACACUUUUGAUCUUAGUUAUUAUAGUCAAGUUGUCAAGAGAAGAGGUUUGUUUGAAUCUGAUUCUGCAUUGCUGACAAAUUCAGUUACAAAGUCUUUGGUGACUCAAUUUCUUCAAGGGUCACUUGAAAAUUUCUAUGCUGAAUUUGCUAAAUCAAUUGAGAAAAUGGGUCAAAUUAAAGUUAAGACAGGGUCACAGGGUGAGAUCAGGAAACAUUGUGCACUAGUAAAUAGCUUAGAAUAAGAAUCUUGUCUUGUUGAUUUAUGUUUUUGGGUGUCAUGUUUUGUCUCAAUAAGUCAGACCCUUAUGGUAUGGGGUGUUUUAUGUGUGUUGUAAUAAUUUUAAUAAUAAAUUGCUUCAAUUAAUUGUAAUUUAUAUUUUCUGGUAUGGUGGUACAUUAUGUUCUUGUUGUAAUAAAAGUAGAAUUG